UUUCAGUGAAAACGGGCGACGCGUUAAGAACCCGUUCGGAGAGCGGGCAGGCGGAUGGAGGCACAGUCCCGUAAGCCCCAGCUCAUUAAGAAAUCAGCCAGUAAAGGGAUGGGUGUAAAAGCCAAAAUUUUUAUGGGCGGUGAGGCCAUGUGAGGAGGCCCCUCGCUGUGGAGGCUACGCUGCCGUAGUCCCUUCUGGCGUAGGUAGCGAGCAGCGUAUUAAUUAGCCACCUCUGCCCAGUUCAAUAACGAAUUUAGAGUCGGGGCAGCGGCUGUGGGUUGGGAGAGGAGAAGGGCCGCGGCACGGCUCGGGACUACAACUCCCAGCAUGCCCCGCGGGGAGCACAGCCCGGCUGGGCUCCGCCCUGCCCCGCUUUGCAUGCUGGGAGCUGUAGUCUCGCCGGAAGGCGGGCGAACGGCGUGGGGGCGGCCGCCUGAUGGUUGGGUCGAAACGACCGCGGCGUCGGGCUGGGGGGGGCGGAGCGGAAGGCUGGGCUGCUGCGAGCCUUUGGGAGGCGGUCACAGCUGAGCCUGUUCCCCCCCCCCCCCCCCCCCCGCCCCGCCUUACGUGGGCCGUCCCGCCGGGCCGCACCGGCCGCCUGCCGCUCGGUCGGUUCUCUCAGGGGGCGCGUUUCCCGCCCUUGGCUCUGCCUCAGGGAGCCUGUCCGGCGGGGGUAGGCGUCAGGGUGCGCCGCCGCCGGUGGCUCUUCUGCCCUGAGCGGGUGGGUUGGCGCCGAGCCGCCUGACGAAGCCGUGCUGGAAGAGCGGGCUGCCGCCUCGGAAAGUGUGAGGAGGAGGAGGAGGAGGAGGAGGUGGUCUGGUGUGCCCGGCGAUGUAGCCCUGAACGUAGAACGGCAGCUCGUGGAAGGCGGUUAAACUCCUCACCGGUCUGGUUCCAGAGCAUGGGCUAAAAGCUAUGUCCCUCUCUCGUGUCGAAAAUCCUUGCUUUCUGCUGUUUCUGUUCGUCUUCCAAGCCAUAUUUAUCCUGAUACUCUACCGAGGUGGGCCUUCGAAUGUGUUUCGUGGGUUUUUAGACUCGCAUCGGGUUCUGGAUUACUCCAAAACUCAUGAUGUGUAUACAAACCUCAGCUUGUUCACCCAAGCUCCCAAUGAAGAAGCUAUGCCGUACUGCUCAGCGCAGUCACCAAUAUUUGUUGGUCCAUUAACCAUCACCUUCAGGGUGCUCCCUAGUGAAAGAAUGAUCAUAAAAAAAAAUCCUUUUGUUCAGUCAGGUGGCCGCUACAGGCCACCUCACUGCUUGGCACGCUACAAAUCAGCCAUCCUUGUAGCAUACAAGAACCAGGAGAAGUACCUUCACCAUCUUCUCUACUAUAUUCAUCCUUUCUUGCAGCGCCAGCAGCUCAGUUACAGUAUCUACUUGAUUCAGCAGGUGGGGAAUGGUACAUUUAACCGAGCAAAGCUGCUUAAUGUUGGUGUCCGGGAAGCCCUGAAGGAUGAAGACUGGGACUGCCUUCUUCUGCAUGAUGUCGACCUAGUACCUGAGAAUGAUUAUAAUCUCUAUGUUUGCGAUGAAUACUAUCCCAAGCAUAUGGCUAGUGCCAUGGAUAAGUUUCAGUACACUCUGCCAUAUAAGUCCUUUUUUGGGGGUGUAUCUGCUCUGACUCCAGAACAUUACAUGAAGAUGAAUGGGUUUCCAAACACAUACUGGGGCAGUGGUGGUGAAAAUGACGACAUUGCUACAAGGAUUCAGCUAGCAGGAAUGAAAAUAGUCCGGACAUCACCUCACCUUGGACGCUACAAAGUGAUGGACUACAAUGAAGAGACAGAGACUCAAGAGCCUUGGAGAAGGCCUACUUCUCGACACAACACCAGAAAAACAUGGAAAGAUGAUGGAAUGAAUUCAUUAGAGUUCAAGCUCCUUUCCAGGACAAAGCAUCCUCUUUAUACCAACAUCACUGUGGACAUUGGAUAUGUUCCCCCAUUUUCUUAAGAGAAUGAAAACAAAAGCAGAGUUUGGGCUCAGCGUGGCAGCAUGUGUAUGGGCAUUCAGCCUCUACCUCCUGUUGUGGUGUGGAGUCUGCACCACCUGAGACUAAUCCUUUUGUCUUUCAUGAAUUUCACUUUUCUUCUCACUGUUUUAGAAGAAAAGGCCUCAAGAAUAAGGUACGAUAGCAAAUAAACAGGCUGUGGCUUACUGUAAAAAUUGUCAAAGCACUGUAAAACUAACUACUGAGCCAGACCCACCUCCCAGCCUUGGGGAUCAAGGUCUCCUUGACAGUAAGCUGACCCAAGUUUUCUGGAACUGUUGUUCCAUAGCUGGAUAGCUCUGUACUGCUUUGUACUGAAGUGUUAAUUGGGAUGCAAGCCAUUCUGUCAGAUGGGCUUCUGAAGUGCUGUACUUGGAGAAAGUGUUGAAGCCAGUUACUGUUCUGUAAGUAUCUUUUGUGAAUCUGAGUAGAAUAAAUUGAGUUAUGUGUUUGGA